UGAAGCCGAGACAGUCUCCCUCUCAAUCCGCCGAUCAGCAGACCGCAAACUCCCUCCAAGAUGGUCUCCUGGGCCACGGUUCAAUCGACUCUCCUCUUCGUCGGACCAUUCCUGCUCCCCAAAGCGAUACAGUUCUACCGCUCCAUACGCUAUGCUCCUCCCUCGCAAAUCCGGCCUUUGAGCUCCACAACGUCCCGAGCUCUCACUCUUCUCUUUUGUUCCGCCGUUCUCGCUCUACUCUCCACCCUCCCCUUGUUUGCUCCUGAGAACAUUUUCCUCGCCACAUCAUCACGACUACAUACCACCGGAGGCGUCCUACUCACCCGACUCGCCGCCACAAGGACCUUGACAGCAGAGGACCAACUCCUACGAGAUGCAUUCGACAACGGCGGACUUCCCGCAAGACUACUUUACACCCGCUACGGCCCUGAUGUUCUGCUCCACAAUCCACUCGCAUCAGCCGGAGAAGUCGGCGCAGCACGAGCAUUUCUCACAUACGCGCUUCCAACACUCUUGAUCCCUCACCUCUUCCACAUCUUCGUGCUCGGCAUCGCGACAUCCUCCUUAUCCGGCACCGGCGCAUCCCGAUGGCGAGUCCAGGCUCUGGUCGCAGGUCUUGCCAUUCCAGCGGUUGAAAUCGCUCUGCUGGCGACUUCCGACGACAGUGCCAAUUUGAGGAGUACACGAUACAAUGACAUCGACUUCCUGCACUGGAAACUACGAGUCUACCGUGGUCUGGGGAUUACCCUCCUCGAUGCACUACUGGGAUGGGUCAUCUUUCUUUCCGCUACUGGACGAGGCUUUCUUGGUGCUACUAUGCCAGCCGGUGAAAGGGCACAUCUCACGAUGAAGCGACUUGAAGUCGUGGGACAGAAGGUGGGAGGUCUGGGCGUGCUGAGGAACAGUCUGGUUCGCGAUCGACGGUUGGGUGGUAGGGCAGCAGACUACUGGGCGAAAGAAGGCGAGGUGAUGAGGAGCCUGGGCGAGGAAGAAGAGGUAGUCAGAGCGCAGAGGGAGGCGUUGGAGGGAAGGAUUGAUAUGGCCAAAGUGGGCAAGGAGAGCAAGAACUUUGUGGAUGGAUUAUGGAGGGUCUUCACGGGAGAGCAGCAGCAAGGUCGAUGAGAUUUGAGCGCCUUGGACUUGACAAUGCUUCCUCUCUUUGCUGAGAAGCGCUCAGCUGUAAAAGGCACUUUCUGAUUCCACCACUCGCGUGUCAGCUCUUUGAGCGACCCAAGCGAAUCGCAAACGAUUCAAACUGCAAUGCUGAUCUUCGAAUUUGCGCUCUUUGUUCGACUUUGCCAGCGACACAAGCCGAGCCUCAAAAGUGAUAAGAAGACAUGAAUCCGCAUCUCAUCCAAUCCACAGCACGUUCUACUCUCCAGCCAACGAUGUCGAUCUCCGAGGACGCCAGACUCGCCAUCAAAGACGUCUUCGAAGAGGAAGUCUACCAAGACUGGGCAUCAAAAUGGCCCAGCGAAGUCCGUGCUCACCACAAAUUUUCCCUCUACCAAAGCGAGCCUCCUAACCAGCUCCUCGUUACAGGAC